GUCGACUUGAGGGAUCAAGAAUAAAUGAUUCUGUCAACAUCCUUUGAAGUGGUGAGGAAAGAAGCAUUGCGACGUAGAAACAGUGCUACAAGCGCCUGAUCGGCAAGGAUAAACUUGAGAAAGCCAAAACUGCAAAGUACUGUGCGAUCCGAAGUGUUUGCAUUGUCUCGCCAUGUCUUCAGGUUCCACCAGUGGGUCUGAAGCCAAGGCCCACAAGGCCCACGAAGCAUCCCAUUCCCAGAGCACGCCAGCUCUCGCCCACAUUUCAUCCGCACAUGAGGGACCAGUCUUCUCAGAGACGAGCCUCGAACCGAUGAAACCCCUGCGCCGUGCCAAAAGCGAACACGAUAUACUCCAUACGAGGCAAUCUCUCGGUCGACUGCGACGUCAGCCCAUCGACCCCUCUUUGGAACAGGUCUCAACCAAGUCCGAAGAAGAGCCUCUGCCCAGAGGGGUGCCACCCAGAUACUAUGUAGAUGAGGUUUUCAGGAAGGUUUUGCCGAGAACUGAGGGUGCCGUCAAAUUACCAGAGUUCGAUGCCGCCGGAGCGUAUGCUAGAUCCGAUAAUGUCGUCUUGAAGAUGUGGCGUGACGAGACGAACCGGUUGAUGGAAAUUGCAAACAACCCAAAGAAGAGGAUUGAGUUUAAAAGCAAUGGCUUUCUUCAGGGAGAUACGGCAAAGGGUUACUCGAGUGCGUCUAAUCUGUCUCAGAGGGUCUUGACUGCCAUCGCGAUCUGCCUUCUCGAUAACGAAUGCAUCAUCGCGGAGCACUAUGGUCAACUUUCAACUCGAAAAAAGCUUUUCGAUCUCAUAGAACACUUACAAAAGAGUCAACGUACCACAGAGGCGACUGCAAGCAUGGAAGAUCGUGAAGCUCGGCAGCAGGAGUUCCACAGUCUAGCAGCUACUUACAGCUUGGUCAACUACAUCACCGCGGUCCUGACUAAACUAAUCUUUAUAACAUCUCCCAUUCUCUACUGGUUCUCUGAUUUCAUGAGUAUACUGAUCAGACGCACUACCAAGAUCAAGUUGUUGUUGCUUGAUCUGCAAGCGAAUUCUGCGAUCUCCGCCAGGGCAGCAAAGGCUGCGCUCUCCAGAUUUCCCGAAUCAUGCGAUACUCAGCAUCAUGGUGGUGAAUUGAACGAUGAGGAAUGCGACGAUUACAUUCGAAUGAUUGAGACCAAUGAGAAGGAAGGGAUCGCAUCGUACGAGGAGACCCGAGUCACGACACACUGCCUUGAGCAGACCAAGUGUCGGUUACGGUUAAAUUCAGCGUUGAGGGACAUGGUCAUGUCCGUGCGCAUAGGAACAAAGCUGUGCUGGUGGUACGAUAAUGAACUCACAUCUCCCUAUGACACUCAAUACCUUCGGCUCAACUCCAUGGAUCAAGUCAUCACCGUGUUGAUUCCUCUCGCAACCAUGAGCCCGGCGUUCCUGGCUGCUCUUCCUUCCUCCCGGCACGCCAUGUUCCCAAUUGGGGUUAAACGACCGAGCGGACAAUCGCUCUUCGAAGAGGAGGGCUUUGGCUCAUUUUUCCGUCUAUGUACCCGUGAGUUCGAUGACAACUUGAAUGAUAUGCGAGGCGCUCUCCGUUUUUGGCAGGCUCGUUGGGCCGGAGUUUUCGAUCAAGGCUACUGUCUCCCGCUGUUCGUGCCGUGGAAAAUCCGGUUGACGUUGGCAAAGAGCCUUGAGAAGUUUAAAAAGAGGACAAGGAGAUUGGAUGUUGAGAACAGACAUAUGCGUCAAUGGGUUAUUGAUGAAAAGUCUGUCAUGGUUCCAUGCCCAGGAUACGUCUGGAGUGUAAUAGCUGUGGCCAGCUUGCUCGCGGGUGCUGGGCUGGGAAUUGGGUUUAGUGUUGGCCAGCGCAUCCGUGGUGUCGAUCCCUCUAAUCUGGCGACCUAUCUCUGGGUGGUGGCCGCCUUCAUCGUUCUGAUUGCCAAAAACAUGAAGGUGAACGAAUGGACCUGGAACGAUUUCCUCAGGAGACGCGUCCGUUGCCGCUCAGUGUCCGAGCUGCAAUCAAUCACCGGUAUCGACGGACAGAUCAUUAUCGCCAAGUUGUUACACGACGAACGAAGGGGCAGUGUGUUAAACAUCUGCGGCCCUUACAACUCGGCGUUCCUCAGGAGGGCAAACGAAGGGUUCUCCAUCGACGAACCCAUCGACUCGUCGACGCUCUUCAACAGCGGUUUGCUGAUGCUCAGGGUCGCUACUGCUAGGGGACAUGCCUUGACCCCCAAAAGGAGUAUCUAA